AUGGUAGAUUCAUCGGAAACUACCAAAAGAAAAGAAACUAGAGACGAGCGGUUUCAGCGAAAGAGAGCAGAGAGAAAAGAUGUAGAAGGCUUUGGAGGUCAAGAAAGUCCAGAGGAGAAUUCAUUCUUUCUCUUUAAAUUAACAUGGGAUUGGGCAAAUAGAUUUGUUUGGUUUUGUUUUAGAAAUGUUUUGGAACAAAAACAUAUUUGGAAUCUUGCCAGUUUCGAUAGGGCAGAGAUGAUCAGUGAGAAGAUGAGAAAGCAAUGGGAGUUGGAAAUCAAAAAGGAAAAACCAUCGUAUACCAGAGCGGGUAUUAGAGCGUUCGGUCCUAUCUAUGGUAUAGCGAGUAUCUACUAUCUCAUCUAUAUUGCAUCACAGUUUGUCGGACCAGAGAUGCUUUCAAAGAUGGUCAUUUUCGUCACCAAAGCAAAGAUGCACGAUCCCAAUCUAAAUCUAGAUUUGAAUUGGGGUUACUACUAUGCAUUGAUCAUCUUUAUCUCUGCGAUGAUCGGUUCCGUUUGUCUAUAUCAAUCGAAUAUGAUGACUGCAAGAGUUGGUGAUUAUAUGAGAUCAGCGAUUGUUUGUGAUGUCUAUAGAAAAGCAUUGAAAUUAAGUAAUUCAGCAAGAGCAAAGACUUCUACUGGUGAGAUUGUCAAUCUGAUGAGUAAUGACGCUCAGAGAAUGAUUGAAGUGUUUAUCAUGGUGAACAACGGUAUAUUCGCACCGGUACAGAUUGUCGUUUGUGUUGUGUUGCUCUACUUGAAGAUCAAAUGGAUCACAUUCGUUGCACUCGGUUUCAUGUUGUUGAUCGUUCCAAUCAAUGGUGUUGCCGCCAAGAGUUUGAUGGCUGUGCGUCGUUCUCUCGUCAGAUUCACAGAUAUCCGUGUGAAAACAACCAACGAGAUACUUCAAUCGAUCAAAGUAAUUAAACUCUACGCCUGGGAAGAUUCUUUCGCCAAGCGUGUAUUCGAUAAGCGUGCCAAUGAAAUUAAACAUCUCUUUAAAUUUACCUAUAUCAGAACUGGUUUGGUAAUUGUUGUUGUAUCAGUACCAACAAUGGUAUCAAUGUUGGUAUUCAGUAUUUAUUAUGAAGUAAAUGGUCGUAUGGAUGCAGGUGAUAUUUUCGCAGCCGUUGCUUAUCUCAAUAUUCUGAGAGGACCAUUGACUUUCUUGCCAUUGAUUAUUGCUCUGGUAGCACAGCUUCAAGUGGCCACAAAGAGAGUCACUGACUUUUUGUUGCUUGAUGAGUGCGAGACUGUCAAGGAGCCAGAAGAUCCAACUCUGCCAAACGGUAUCUAUAUGGACGGUGCUCAGUUGGUUUGGAAUCCAGAGAAGGAGGAUUCCUUCCACUUGGACGAUAUCUCGAUGCGUUGCGACGGUGCCUCGUUGACAAUGAUCGUUGGAUCUGUCGGAAGUGGAAAGUCGACAUUGUGUCAAUCGAUGUUGGGUGAGCUAAGCUUACAGAAGGGAUCGCUCGGUGUAAGAGGUUCGAUUGCUUACGCUGCUCAACAGCCUUGCAUUACCAAUGCUAGUCUGCGAGAUAAUAUUCUCUUUGGAAAGGAGAUGAACGAAGAGCGUUAUCUUGAGGUGAUCGAGUGCUGUGCACUCGAGCGUGACUUGGAGAUGUUUCCACAGGGCGAUCUCGUUGAGAUUGGUGAGCGUGGAGUCAAUCUCUCCGGUGGUCAGAAACAGCGUGUCUCCAUUGCCAGAGCGGUCUACAGCGAUGCCGACAUCUAUAUUUUUGACGAUCCACUCUCGGCUGUCGAUGCACACGUCGGUAAACAUCUUUUCCACAAAUGUAUCAACGGUGUUCUAAAGAACAAAACAGUGAUUCUCUCAUCGAAUCAAUUGCAAUAUCUACCGUAUGCCAGUCAUGUCGUUGUGUUGGCACACAACGGUAUUUCAGAGCGUGGUACCUACCAAGAGAUUCUCGAUUCCAAACAGGAGUUCUCCAAGCAGAUCAUCGAGUAUGGUAUCGAGGAAACCAACGAAGCUGUCGACACAGAGAUGGAAGUGGAAAUCAAGGAGAAAACAAAAUCCGAUAAGAUAGUAUUGAAGAAUAAGGAUGGUAAACUCAUCCAACAGGAGGAGCGUGAAGAAGGUUCCGUUAGUCUCCGUGUCUACCUCAAAUAUUUCACAGCUGGUGGAGCAUUACAUUUCAUAGUGGCAAUGAUUUUGUACCUUCUCGAUGUAGGUUCAUCUAUUUUCACCAAUUGGUGGUUGUCUCACUGGUCGAAUUCUCAGCCAGAGAUCACAGCUAAAGGAACAGCCGAUGGUCUUACCAACAGACAAUUCCUCUUCUGUUUCAUCGGUAUCGGUUUCGGAUCGAUCUUGAUCACCUGUUUCAGAACUAUUACAUUCUUCUCCUAUUGUGUCAAGGUCGGUCGUUAUCUUCACAACAAAUUGUUCAGCGCAAUCUUGCGUGCACCAAUGUGGUUCUUUGAUACCACACCACUCGGUCGUAUCAUCAAUCGUUUCACUCGUGAUUUGGAUAGUGUUGACAAUUUGAUUUCGUCUUCGAUCGCCCAAUAUAUAAAUUUCUUCUUGACUGUCAUCGGUACCAUUAUUAUCAUGGCCACCGUCAUUCCAAAGCUUCUCAUUGUUUUGGCACCGUUAGUCAUAUUGUUCUAUAUCCUACAGUCAUUCUAUCGUCAUACCUCCAGAGAGCUUCAACGUCUGGAGGCUAUCAGUCGUUCACCUAUUUUCGCUCAUUUCACAGAGACUUUGAAUGGUGUGGCAACUCUUCGUGCCUACAAGAGCAUCGAUGCAAACAUUAAGCUCAACAUGAAAUAUCUGAAUAACAACAACUCUGCCUAUCUUACUCUACAGGCUUGUAUGCAGUGGUUGGGUCUUCGUUUGGAUCUCAUUGGUAACAUUGUUAUUUUCUUUACUUUCAUCUUUAUCAAUUUGUCGCGUGACAGCAUUGAGCUUGGUUCCAUCGGUCUUGCACUGUCCUACUCAUUGUCAUUGACACAAUCACUAAAUCGUGCAACCCUCCAGGCAGCAGAUACCGAAACAAAGAUGAACAGUGUAGAGAGAAUUCUUCAUUAUAUCAAUGGUCCAACUGAAGCCAAACAAAUCAUUGAGGAGUGUCGUCCAGAUCCACAAUGGCCACAACAAGGUGGUAUCGUAUUCGAUAAUCUCGUCAUGAGAUAUCGUGAAGGACUCGACCCAGUUUUGAAGGGUAUCAGUUGUGAAAUCAAACCAAAGGAGAAAGUUGGUAUUGUUGGUCGUACAGGUGCCGGUAAAUCAUCGAUUGUUUUGGCAUUGUUCCGUCUUGUCGAGGCAUCGGAAGGUCGUAUCCUUAUCGACGGAGAAGAUAUCUCCAAAUUCGGUCUCAAAGACUUGCGUAAGAACCUCUCGAUUAUCCCACAGGACCCAGUUUUGUUCUCUGGAACUUUGAGAGAGAAUUUGGAUCCAUUCAACGAGAAAUCAGAUGCCGAUCUCUGGGAUCUUCUUGAAAACAUUCAGUUGGCAGCAGUGGUUCGUGGUAAUGAAGGAGGACUGCUAUGUAAAGUAACAGAUAACGGUGACAAUUGGUCGGUUGGACAGAAACAACUUAUUUGUUUGGGUAGAGCUUUGUUGCGUAAACCAAAGGUUCUCGUAUUGGAUGAGGCCACUGCCAGUGUUGACUCCAAGACUGAUCAAUUAAUUCAGCUCACCGUCAGAUCUAAAUUCUCAGACUGCACAAUUUUGACAAUUGCUCAUCGUCUCAAUACAAUCAUGGACAGUGAUCGUAUUAUUGUUUUGGACGCUGGAAAGGUUUCAGAAUUCGAUUCACCACACAACCUUCUUCAAAAUCCAAAUGGUUUACUGACUUGGUUAGUUGAGGAGACUGGUCCACAAAAUGCUAAGCUUCUAAGAAAGAUCGCCAAGGCUGGUAAAUACAUUACAUCCUUGGAUGAGGAAGUGGAAACUGAUUCCAAUAGUAUUGAAACACCACAAGUGGAAACUCCACCAACCCAAAACGUAGAAGAAACGAUAAAAGUUGAAGAUUUAGAUGAAGAAAGUAGUUCAUCAUCUUCAUCAUCCAACGAAAAUAAUAAUCAAAAUGAAUAA